UGAUGUUAAUGACUCGAACCAAAUAGAUUUUAUGGGUGUUAAACAUUUUGGUGAUGGAAGUAAAAUCAUCAUAACAUCCAGAGAUAAACAAGUGUUGAAGAAUGGAGGAGCUGACACAAUACAUGAAGUGAAGAUUCUAAAUGAGAAGGACUCUCUUCAACUCUUUUCUACAUUUGCAUUUAAGCUUUUGAAUCCUCCUCCUGAUUUUCGAGAUCUAUCGAACAAGUUUUUGCGGUACUCCCAAGGCAAUCCACUUGCUCUUAAAGUUUUGGGUUCUAAUCUUCGCACAAAGUCUAAAGAAGAGUGGGAAAGUGAGGUGGACAAGCUCAAGGAAUGUGCGGAACCAAAAUUUGAACAUAUUUUCAAGAGUAGCUUUGAUGGGUUGGACGAGAUAAGUAAGAAUAUAUUUCUUGGCGUAGCAUGUUUCUUGAAAGGGAAUCUCAAGGAAGAUGUAGAAGAAAUUAUAAAUUGCUUAUAUAAGGGUGCAGCGAGUGGAAUAAGCAAAUUGCUCGACAAGUCUCUACUUCAUACUACUGAUUCUUCUAGAGAAAUUUCUAUGCAUGAUAUGCUUGAAGAUCUCGGUAAGGACAUUGCUCGACAAGGAUCUAAUGACCCGGGAAAGUACAGAAGGUUGUGGAGAUCCAAAGACGUGAAUCAAGUGCUCAAAUAUAAUAAAGGAAAUGAAUCAAUUGAAGGAAUAGAGUUAAACAUGUCUCUAAUGGAAGAUCCGAUUUUAUUAUGUCGUCAUGGUUUUGAGAACAUGUUUAAUCUUAGAUAUCUCGGCGUCCGGGCUAUGAAAUUAUCGAAGAAUGAGAAGCUACACUUAGAUAAAGUUGAUAGUGUAUCUCUUCCUGAUCAGCUAAGGUAUCUUCGUUGGAAUGAUUAUCCCUUCAGAUCCUUAUCUCCAAGUUUUAAUCCAAAGAAUCUUGUUGUGUUGAAAUUACAUUUUGGUCAGAUAGAACAACUUUGGAAUGAAGAUCAUCAGGAUCUCCUUAAUUUAAGGGUGAUUAAACUUUUUUAUUGCGAUAAACUAAGGAGGAUUCCUAAUCUAUCGGGAGCCAUCAACCUUGAAAGCCUUAUAUGUUCACGGUGUAAAAGUUUGGUUGAACUUCCUAGCCUCAAUCAUUUGACAUCUCUUAAAAAGCUUGAAUUUGACGGAUGUCCGGCACUCAAGAAGUUCCCUGAACUCCCAAAUAACAUUUCUGAGUUAGACUUGUCAAACACUAGUAUAGAAGAAGUGCCUGAUUCAAUUCGGCAUCUUGUCGGGCUUAGAAAGUUGCGGUUGAGAAACUCAAGGGUGGAGAGUGUAUCAAGCAAUAUUUCGAAGUUGGAAUCCCUUCACGUUUUGGAUCUUGCUGGUUGCACAAGCCUUGAAACACUCUCGAAGCUUCCACGAUAUCUGCGGUACUUGGAUGCAGAUGAGUGCACAUCAUUAGAAACAGUAUCGUUCACCGAUCAUUGUUUCAAUUCAUUCCAUUCUUUACAUGAUGGUGGUGAUGAAGUUCGUAAUGGAGAAAAAGUUUCCAUGUUAUUCAGGAAUUGCUUAACCUUGAACCAAGAUUCAAUUAAAAACAUUGUGGCAAAUGCUAUGCUUCAAAUUCAGUCCCUAGCAUCGAGAUGGGCGAGGAGGAAAGGGAUACUCCGAGAGGAGUAUAAUAGUUAUUUUUAUCGAAGUCAUUUGUUUUGCCGUUUCCCAGGAAAUGAAGUUCCAGAAAAUGUGUUUUGCUAUGGAAGCAUGAAUUCUUGGUUAAAUUUGAAGAUAACCCCAAACAGGUCUAGUGGGAGCAGAUUCUUGGCUUUUGCUAUCUGCCUUGUGGCUGAUUUCACACGUGCAUAUGGCGGUCUUAAAGUUACCUGUAAAUACCAACUGAAAGCCGCCGGUGGCGAAAAGUUAACAAGUGUGUGCUGCAUUUUUUAUAUUCCGGAAGCGUUCUACAAGUGUGAUCAUGUGCUUGUUCUGUUUAGUGAGAACAUGAUAAUAAUAGACAAUGAUUAUGAGGACGCAUCAUUUGAAUUCAAAAUCGAGAAUCUUUACCCCAGAGGAGAAAUUAAAGUGGAGGAAUGUGGUGUUCAUGUGUUUUACGUGGAUGCGGAGAGUUAUACCAUUUAUGAUGUGAUGAGAUGUGAAAAAUCCGACCAGAAUUUUGAUUCUGCAACAAAAAUGAGACCCGAGGAUGAUGGUGAAGAAGGGGAUGGAGGGCCUAAAAUAUUGAGAUAUGUUCACUUAUUUUAUUAAUCUUUGUGAUACUUUUGAGAUUUGUCAAAGAGUUCAGGGUUGAAUUUCUUUCUACAAAAUAUAGUUUGUGAUGGUUGCUUGUUAAAGAGUGAGGAAUCAUUUCUAUUUAAUUUUCAAGGGAAUAAGAACUUUGAACUCAGGAGUUGGUUUGUAUAUAGAGCAUUUGGAGUUGAUGUUUUCUUUUCUUGGAUUUUGAUCAUCAUAUCAGUUUCUUUGUGUGUUACUGUCUCUUACGUUGUUUGAGCAUUAUUGAAAACUCCAAUCGAGUUUCAUUUUCUUUUCCAUAUUAGCGUAUCAGAGAGAUCUGAAGACAUGAGCCAAGUGGAUUGGGGAAACUGUUACAUCCCAACUUCACUUCAGUCGAGC